AUGGACUCAGCACCGCGGUUCGACGACCGGGCACCGCUCGGGUGGGCGGUGUACUUUCCCAUGCUCGGGUGCGACGCGAGCUCUGCGCUAGUGCAGCUCAUUCGCAACUUUGUGGUGUACUUUAGCGAGAAGCAUGUGCUGGACAAGGCCAAGGUGCUAGAGAGCCUGGUGGUGUACGUGGACUGGGGCGAGAUGGUGGCCGAGUCGCUUGUGCCAGGCAUCGACGAGCUCGUGUUUGAGGAUCCAGCGCGGUCGCUGGCAGCCAUGGCGGUGGCGGCGGUCGAGGUGGUGUACAGCGACUGCGUGGGCACCGGCCUCCCGGCGUCGUUCAAGAAGAUCACGGCGCGACUGUGCAACCAUCCGACGACGACGCCGAUCCGCUCGCUCAAGUCGCACUACAUCGGGCGGCUGGUGAGCGUGCGUGGGACAGUGGUGCGGACGAGUGCCAUCAAGCCGCUGGUGGUCUCGAUGGACUUUGUGUGCACCAAGUGCGACGGGGUGAUUGGCAUGGACUUUGUCGAUGGCAAGUACUCGCCGCCGCUCUCGUGCGGGCUCGACGGAUGCAAGUCCAAGACGUUUGAGGCCGACCGGGCGUCGGCGCUGACGGUCGACUGGCAGAAGGUUCGGAUCCAGGAGAUUCUGGACGACUCCAACUACGAGGCCGGCCGCAUUCCGCGGACCAUCGAGUCGGAGCUGACCGGAACGCUUGUCGACUGCUGCGUGCCGGGCGACGUCAUCUCGGUGACUGGUGAGGUCAAGGUCGUCUCGUCGUCGAGCUCGGCGUCGGCGUCGCGCAAGGCCAAGACGCUCUUUGUCCUCUACAUUGACGCCAACAUGGUGUCGCGGCAGGGCAAGACCGGCGAGAGCGACGGCAUGCACUACACCGUCAAGGACAUGCAAAUGGUCAACGAGAUCGCGCACGUCGACGAUGUCCUGCAUCUGCUGGUCAACUCGCUGUGCCCCUCCAUCUACGGCCACGAGCUGGUCAAGGCCGGCUGGCUCCUCGCGCUCUUUGGCGGAACGCAGAAGUUCUCGCUGGAGAAAGACCGCAUUGCGGUCCGUGGCGACCCGCAUGUCCUGGUUGUUGGCGAUCCGGGCAUGGGCAAGUCGCAGCUGCUGCGGUCGGUGGCAUCGGCCGCGCCGCGCGGCGUGUACGUGUGCGGCAACACGACGUCGACAACCGGCCUCACCGUGACGCUGCUGAAGGACCCGCUCUCUGGCGACUACGCGCUCGAGGCUGGCGCUCUUGUGCUCGGCGACCAGGGCUGCUGCUGCAUCGACGAGUUUGACAAGAUGAAGUCGGAGCACCACGCGCUGCUCGAGGCUAUGGAGCAGCAGUCGGUCUCCAUCGCCAAGGCCGGCAUCGUCGCCAACCUGCCUGCCCGGACGUCGGUGCUGGCGGCGGCGAACCCGGUCGGCGGCCACUACACCCACGCCAAGACUGUGGCCGAGAACGUGCACCUCGCACCGGCGCUCCUCUCGCGCUUUGACCUCAUCUUUGUUCUCGUCGACAAGCCGGACCACGAACGCGACGCCAAGCUCUCCGAGCACGUCAUGCUCAUGCACGGCGGCGGGCAGUACUCGCGCAAGGGCCGCCCCUCGUCGACGUACUCGGCGCUCUCGGCGUCGGGUGUGCUCGAUCCGUCGUACAAGUCGCAGCUGAUGUCGGCGCUCGAUCGCGCCACGGCGGCGACGGCAUCGACGGCGACGGGUGCCCGGAGCAACGAGGCCGGAUCCGGCGAGCGACGGCCGCUUGCUGACCGGCUCAAGCUCCGCAAAGCCAAGACCUUUGACCCACUUCCACACGUCCUCAUGCGCAAGUACAUCGGCUACGCGCGCGAGUACGUCAAGCCGGUCCUCUCGCUUCCGGCGGCCGACCUGCUGCAGGACUUUUACCUCUCACUCCGCAAGUCGCACGUCGGCGGCGAGUCAAUGCCGGUCACCACCCGCCAGCUCGAGUCGAUGAUUCGUCUCGCCGAGGCCCGCGCCAAGCUCGAGCUCCGCGAGCUCGUCACCGCCGACGACGCCCUUGACGUCAUCGAGCUGAUGAAGGAGUCGCUCAUCGAUGUCUACGUCGACGCCAGCGGCACCGCGCUCGGCGCCCGCGCCGCCGCUGGUGGCUCCAAGAAAAAGGUCAUGAAGGCCUACGUCGGCGAGCUUACCCGCAUCUCCGAGGCCACCUACAACUCGCUCUUCACCAUGCAGCAGUUGUACAAGGUCGCCACCGACCUCGGACUCGCCGCGUCGGACUUUCGCGACAUGGUCGGCCAGCUCAACCAGCACGGCUACCUCAUCAAGAAGCGGAACAACGUGUACCAGCUUGCCUCAUCGUCGGUGGCCGAUGGCGGCUGGGCUCCGAUGGCAAGUGACCAGGAACCUGCGUAUCGGUUCGCGACGGACCUAUGGGACGGAUUUGAUGUGGUUGUGGAACAUACCGACACGGGACUGCAAGCACUCAAGGAAGUGACGAAUGUGAUCAAGAAGCGGGCAGAGCUCGAGCUCGAGUACUCGAAAAAGUUGGCCAAGCUGGCGAGCCAUCCCUCGACUCGGCGAGUCUUUGAGACGACGGGCAACUCUAUCGAGUCACAGCAGCUGGGAACGUGUGCAUCGGCGUGGACCUCGUUCUUGGAUGCGUGCAUGGAGCAGGCCAACGCGCAUGCUGACGCUGCCACUUCGCUGGAUGAGACGGUCGUCACCUCACUCAACUCGUUCAUCAAGGACAUGGAGUCUGCCCGCAAAACCAUUGUCGCCGAUGGCCAGCGCCGGUUGAAGGAGAAGAAGGAGGCCGAGGACGCGGUGGCCAAGGCCAAGACAAGCUACUUUAAGGCGUCCGAGUCGUAUAACUCGGCCGUCGCCGCCCACGACGCCGCGCUCAACAACCCGACGGCCAAGACCAAGGACGUGACCAAGGCCAAGUCCAAGAUGGCCAAGGCGUCGACCGCGCUGGAGCAGUCGGUCCAGGAGUACCAGUUCCAGGUCAAGGGUGCCAACAAGGUCCAGACGCGGUUCCUCUCGCGCCACAUGCCCAAGAUCAUGGACGACCUGCAGCACCUCUCCACUGUCCGCAUCCACAUCCUCAAGACCAACCUCCGCAAGACGGCGCUGACACUCGAGAGCCCGCCGCCGCGGACCGCCAAGGCCGUUCUCACCUUUAAGGGUGUCGUGGCCGCCAUCGACAACGACUCGGACAUGCGCGCGUUCAUCACAGAGAACAAGACGUUCCAGCUCCCGCCGCCGCCGUUUGAGUUUGAGGAGCACGGCGCCGUCGGCGCUGCCCGCUCGAAAAAGGCCAAGCGGGGCGCGGUCGAAGCCAACCCGGCGACCUCCAUCUUUGGCGUCUCCAUCGAGGAGGUGCUCGCCAAAAAGGUGGCGUGCCACCCGGCCAUGGGCAAUCUGCCACGUCUCAUUCCGGUGCUCUGCCACGGCAUCCUCGCCAAGGGCGGGCCCAAGGCCGAGGGCCUCUUCCGCCUCUCGGGCGAGAACAAACUGGUCAAGGACCUCAAGGCCAGGCUCGAUGCCGGCAACUACGACGUCGCCGACAUCGACUCGGUCCACGUCCUCACCGGUGCCCUCAAGCUCUGGUUCCGCGAGCUCAAGGACCCGCUCAUUCCCGAGCCGCUCUACGACCAGGCCGUCGCCGCCGCUACAGAGGCUGACGCUGCCGCAAUCUUCAACGAUCUCUCCGCCCCGCGCCAGACCAUCAUCCAAUACCUCAUGGGCUUCCUCGCCACCAUCUCCACCCCGGAAAUCGUCACCGUCACCAAGAUGACCACCGACAACCUCGCCCUCAUCUUUGCGCCCUCGUUCCUCCGCUGCUCGGACCCGGCCCAGAUGAUGGUCAACGCCGAGCGCGAGCGCGUCUUUGUCAAGCUCCUCUUCCUCUGGCUCUCGGCCCAGGACACCACCGCCGCGCUCUACGCCUCCAUUCCCGCCCCGACGCCGCCUCGGCCUCGGCCUGACAUGCCUCGCUACCUUGUUGUCAAUAAGAGCACCAUCACCCACGGCUCCGCCUCUGCCUCUCCCUCAUUGCCAAUUUACAGCUAUUGCUCAUCGCCACCUGUAGCCAUACCUGCAGGUGUAUGGAAAUAG